GUUCCUUGUUAAACCACGGUAAACAUUACACGAAUUUUAUCCAUAAAUCUACAGUGCAUGUGCCUCUCGUAUUAUUGUUCCAUGUAUCGUUUGAGAACAAUACCGGAAACAACAUUGCAAAUACGAUGCAAUAAUUCUGUUCGAUUUCAUUUUUGAUUAUCGAAUCUGUGGAUCUUUCCUUCGAAUUUUAACUGUCAAGAAAUUGACAUAAUUUAAAACUUGUUUGUACCAUAUCUAUUAUUAUGUAUUUGUAAUUCACGUUCCAUUAAUCGGCUUUGAAGUAGUGUAUGUCAAGGUGGGCUUGUCAGGGUUUGAUUCCCACAAAGAUUCUCAUUCACAAAAUGUAAUGGCAGAAGAUGAUGCAGGGAAGUUGACAAGAGAAGAUUUUGACGCCGGCCCAAGAAGUUGGGAUGAAAUAGAGCCAGGAGUCAUAUUGGGAAAUCUUACAGCAGCGACGGACGUCGACUGGUUGAGAGAGGCGAAAAUAACUCACAUCUUGACAUUGGACUCGUGUCCGCUGCCUAGAAAAAUACAACUUCUACCUGACAUAACAUUCAAAUAUAUUCAAGUGACUGAUUUACCCAGAGAAGACUUGCUAACAUAUUUUGAAGAGACUUACCAAUUUAUCAAACAUGCUCAAGACGACGGUCACAAGACUUUGGUACAUUGUUACUUCGGGGUCUCACGAUCCGCUGCAGUGGUUAUAGCUUUUAUUAUGAAAAAAUAUAGCAUGAUUUUUACCGAGGCUUUUGACCUUGUCAAAUCAAAGAGAAGAUUCGUAGGACCUAAUCCUGGAUUUGUGGCUCAAUUGAAGCUGUACCAAGACAUGGGAUUCAGCAUAGACAACACAAAUGUACAGUUUAAAAUGUAUCGCCUUCAACUAGCGGCUGACAAAGUAAGGAAGGCAAAAAUAUUACCGCAAACUUGUAUAGACUUGAUAAAGCCCGAUCCGGCUUUAGUUACAAUACGACCUGAGCCAACGGUGUAUCGGUGCAAGCGUUGUCGAAGAAUUGUAGCCUCGGCCAGCAAUAUAUUACCUCAUGCACCGAGAGAAAAACAAAUUUGGCGUCACGUAAGCUCAAAGCGUUAUGAUAAGGGUUUGAAAGUGGCAAAAACUUCGAAAAAACCUCUCGAAGAAGAUGAGAACAAUGAGCCGUGUGAGUCUGAAUUUUGUACGAAAACUUAUUUUAUAGAACCCUUGGCCUGGAUGCCUGAUAUAGUACAUAAUGUUGAAGGUAAAUUGAAUUGUCCAAAAUGCGCUACCAAACUUGGAUCUUUCAGCUGGAUCGCUGGAUCUCAAUGUCCGUGUGGUAGCAAGAUAGCUCCAGCCUUUUAUCUAGUUCCAUCUAAAGUUGACUGGAGUAACGUUGUUCAAAAUGUACAAGUGACUGUUUAGAAAUUAAUAAAUAUCCAAGCGGCUCGAAUAAAUGGAUAUGCUGCUUCACACAUUGAAUGAAGAAAUGAAUUUUCAGUACCCUUAGAACCGCUAGAUAAUUCGUAUUCAAAUAUUAAUGAGCCACGUUGGAACAGUUUCUGAAAAUAAGUCUACGCAGACCUAUACGAUGUAAGGGAAGAAAGUAAUAUAGAAAACACUGUGCAAAAUUGUGUUAACAGAUCAAUCUACAACCUGGCGUUCAGUGAUCCUAGGAUUUCCAAAGUUCUUCUGAACGUAUGAAAAUUUAAUAUUUCACUGAAAUAGCGCUGGAAAUAUAGUAAAUUGAUUCAGUCCUAUUUCUGGAACUCAUCACUUUUUAUUCCAAAAAACUUGAGCUCGUUUUCGUGGUCUUAAUUGAAACUACAGAUAAUCGUUUUUUUUCCAGUUGAAUGAAACUGAGGACAAAUUAUGUUAUCUUUGGCUUGAUUUAUAUCAAUUUUCAGCCGCCUUUUUCCGUGUUUCCAUCUUGUAUAGAGAUCAUUUGUCAAGAUGAGUGUUCAUAUUAUAGAAAGUUUUUAGUAUCAUUCCGGUUAUGGUGGUGAUUCUCUCUGUACAUUGUCGAGUCGACUUUUUCAAGUUAUACUUCCACUUAUUGACUGACAAAAUGAUUGAAGGGCGUGG